AUGGAUUGUGUCUACACCCCAAGACACGAAGCAUUGUUUAGCCUCACGGAACACGGGGUGUUGGAUUCUUGGGAUCUUCGGGACCCUGAGUCACCGAGGGCCGUGAAGAUAGGCGAGGUCAGUCUUAGUCGCAAGAUAGCACGUCGUCUCAGUUACCCGAGGACAGAGGACAGGGAUCAUUUGGUAGUGGCCGGGCAGGAUCUCCUCGUGGUGACUCAAGACCCUUACUGUCCAGGUGUGACUAUUGAUUUUGAUGUUCGUAAAUAUGACCCUGAGGAUAUGGAUGUUAAGUACGUGGAGGGUUCGUCUUUGGGUGGUUGGGCGCUUUUUGUCGGCUUACACAGCGAUGCAGUCGCAUUGCCAGCGUCCGAGUUCCCGGAGCUCAACCCCAAUUCCAUUUACUUCACAGAUGCACAAGAAGAUUGCAAGAUUGAGUAUAUCCCAAGUGGUGGCCAUGACAUUGGCAUUUCAAUUAUGAGAACAUGA